CUGGUGGCUUGGCGCGCGGUUCAAAAGCCACAACUGCCAGAGCGCGCGCGCAGAGACGGUGUCUGAGAGAGCGGGACCUGCAGAUCCACAGGGUUUAUAAUAAGAGUUUAUUCAGCGGAAAACCUUCGUACGUCAUGAAAAUGUCAGCCAGAACUUCAAAGAAGAGAAAACCGUGUUCACCGGAUGCUGAAAGUAAUCCAGCGAAGAAGAAACCCGUGAGACUGGAGAGCUGCACAAAAAGAACGUCUGCUCGGCUGAAGGAGAACUGCCCAUCUGUACUGAAUUCCCCUGAAAGGACGCGUUCGUCUUCACUCUCUCCCAGUACACCCAGAAAGAAGUCACGCACCUUCGCGUUGGAGUCUCCUCCGAAAAGAGCAUCUCCUUUAAAAGCCACGGUCGGAGCAGUGACAUUUUACAGCAAGCAGAAGCCCCUUUACCUCACUCCACUGGAAAGAAAGGUGCUCAAGGAAACCAAGUCCCCUCCGACAAACCAAGACCAGCCGAUCGCUCCCGUGUCAUCUGGAGUAAACGACAUCAAAGUCAAAAAGCCUAAAAAGAAGGAGAAAGUGAGAGCACAGAAAUCCAACCUAAAGGGCUACUUUGCACCUAAACCCACAGGGGGCGCUAAAACGCAUUUAAACGUGCUGGAAGUGAAGAAGCAAGCAUCGAUUACAUUCAAUAGUUUGAAAGCCAAAAACAAACCCAGGAUCGUCGUCGGUGCCGCUUUUUUUGGCACCGGGAAAAAGCCAGCUUCCAUGUACAAGCCUCACGUGCCAAAACCGAAGCCUAAACAAGCCAUCUCUCAGAAACCUGCAGCAAAAGAGAAUGCUGUUCCGGCACAGAGAGAUCGCUCUCCGGUGCGCCAGGCUGUCUUUAUUAACAAAACUAAACUGAAUCCUCAGCUGCUUUCUCAGCAUGGAGACUGUAAUGCACCUGAGGGUGGAGAACACACCCCAUGUCCUCAGCCCUUCAGCUCUAACAGUCGCACAGAGGUUAACAAGGACACCAGGAAAACUCAUUCUCCAAUAAAGUCCUUAAUCUUGAAUACAGAUCACCAGGACACACCUGCCAGUCCUGGUUCAGACAUUGUGAUGGACAUCGGUAAAAUCAGCGCCGCAAAUAAUGACAGCUGUUCAGAUAAUAAUGAAACCUCAGCGGUUUACCCCAUCUUCGGCUCCAGAAGGUCUCAGAAGAAGCCUGGUCUGACCUCACCUCUGAACAGCAGCACUCAUUCUGCUGGCGCACAGGCUCUCUUGGCUAAGGAGAGAAGUUCCAGGAGGAAGAAGGAGCUGAAAAAGCAAGAUGAUGAUCAGCUUGUCAUCGACGCCGGCCAGAAGCAGUUUGGUGCCACUACGUGUAAUUCAUGUGGCAUGCUGUACAGCGCAGACAGUCCAGAAGACAACUUUCAACACACACAGUUCCACCAGCGCUUCCUCGACACAAUCAGAUUUGUGGGCUGGAAGAAGGAAAGGGUAGUGGCAGAAUUCUGGGAUGGCAAAAUCAUUCUCGUUCUUCCUGAAGACCCCAAGUACGCAACUAAAAAGGCAGAGGAUGUAAGACGUAUUGCAGAUAGUGAGCUGGGAUUUCAGCAGGUCAACCUCAGCAGCCCAAGUGCUGCCAAAACCUACCUGUUCAUCAACAGUGACAAGAUGGUGGUGGGCUGCCUGGUGGCCGAACCUAUAAGACAGGCGUUCCGUGUGCUGGAGCAGCAAGUAAAGCCAAAGGACAUGAUGAAGGAGGAUUUUAUGGAGCACCACAGAGCCUGGUGCUGCUCCACCAUGCCCGAGAAGGCCAUUUGUGGAGUGAGUCGAAUUUGGGUGUUCAGCCUGAUGAGGAGAAAGGGCAUCGCAACACGUCUGCUAGACACAGUCAGAGGAUCGUUCAUGUAUGGAAGCCCACUGACCAAAGCAGAGAUCGCCUUCUCCGACCCGACUCCUGACGGCAAACUCUUUGCAACCAAGUACUGUUCAACGCCUGCGUUUCUGGUCUAUAACUUCAUUGGCUAAUAUCGUGUUUUAUACUUUGUAGCCAGAUAUGAUUUGCUGCUGUUAUUUUUUUUUAAUAUUGUUUAACAGUUUAUUUCAGUGCCCGUGUAUGUUUUUUGCCAACGUGCAUUUAUUGGAACGGCUGGUCAGAAAAAAGAAACUGUUGAGAAGUUUGACGCAGCAGUCCAAUCUGUAUAUGCAAGCAUUUAAACAUGCACACAUUAUCUACAUUGAUCACCUCCUCCAUUACCAAACAAAGAAGCAAAUAUUCAGAGUAGUUUAAUAUUUUAAUCUGAUAAGAAAACGUUCCCGGUUAGUUUAAAAAGUGUUCACUUCAGGGCGUGUUACACAGGCGAGUUUUUUUAUCACCUGUUUUUAAAUAUAAAUUCAUUUUCAAUACAUAAACUGAUUCCUGCUCAUGUUCUGAGCACAAUGUGCCGUUUGAUCUGCAGUCUUUAUUUGUAAAUAUUUUAAAUAAAUGUUGCUGCUAAGCACGGUGA